AUGUCAUUUGAAGAAUGGCAGUUACAAGAGUUGGAAUAUGUUGGUCAUUCAGUUCAGCAUAAAGAACUGUUGUCAGAAUUGUGUUAUCCCGGAGCAGACAUUAAACAUGUGGGCAAUGUACGUUUCUCGGAGAAGUUUAGUCUCGGCGAAGGAAGUAAUGAAACCCGUGUUUAUCUUGGACUGACAAAGGAUGGUUACGGUAAAGCAGUGAAACGAAUGCGUAGAGAUAACUACCUCCAGCCUGCACAGCAUGAAAAGAAAAUUUUAAAUGAAUUCAAUGCAAAAAAGUCAAAAUAUGUUGUGAAUUAUUACUUCUUUGAGGGAGAUACUGGAACAGAAUAUGUUUAUUUGAUCUUAGACUUAUGUGAGGAAUCACUGGAGAAGUUUGUGAAAUCUUCUUCUUUAAAUGAUCUUCAAAAAGCUCUUCUUAAUAUUCUUAGACAAAUUUUGAAUGGAUUAGCUGAUCUUCAUAGUGGCCCAGAUCCUAUUCUUCAUCGGGAUUUGAAGCCUUCCAAUGUUCUCCGUGACGUAGACGGCAGAUUUCUGAUAGCUGACUUUGGCAUUAGUCGAAUGUUGAAGAAUGGAUCUAAAACAUACAAAAGCAAGUUUAAUAGGGGCACUGAAUAUUGGAUUCCUCCUGAAUCAUAUUGUGAAGACGAUUCAAAUGAAGCACGUUAUGAAGAAUUAAAUGAAGGACGUUACAAAAAAGAGUCUGAUGUAUAUAAUGCUGGACUGGUGGCUUAUUAUGUUGCAACAAAAGGGAAACAUCCUUUUGGAACUAAACGGUAUAGAUUGGAUAACAUGUUGAAUGGAGACCCUGUUGGCUUGAAGGAACUUAAGGAUGAAAGCUUAAAAGACCUUCUGUCUUGGAUGUUAAAUCUGCAACCCGAAGACAGACCAUCUGCUAACAUGGCGUUAAAACACCCAUUUCUUUUGUCAGAUGACGAGAAAUUUGACUUGUUAUGUAUUGUUGGUAACCAAUUGCCUACUACGACAAAUGAUACCCAGUCAAGUGUCACUCAACAAUUGAAUAGCGAAACUUCAAAGUGGAAAAGUAAAAUAGAUCGUGAAGUAUAUGACUUUUUAAGAACGGAUGAGGUGCGUGGAGAAAUACAUAGGUAUAGUUCUUCAUGGACAGAAUGCUUAAGACUUAUUCGAAAUACUGAUCAACAUUGGGGUAAAAUAUCAAAGCGAAGUUCUCUACCAGAACUAUUUUAUAAGUAUGGAAAUCACAAGAAAUACUUUCUCAAAACAUUCCCCAAUCUCCCUGUUCGUGUCCAUGUUGCUGUCAGGUCAAACGACGAAUUGAAAAAACAUGAAGAAAUACAAAAGAUUUUAAAAUACAGUUUUUAAACUGCAAAAACAUUUUUUAGAAAAGACAAAUGGCCAGUACAAAAUCAAAGAUACAGUUUCUAAAGAUCUUCUUUUGCAUGAAUGCAAAACAAUUUUUUUGAUAAUGCAUAAAAACGUUCUUGGUAAAUUUAAUGUAUUCAGCGUAAUUAUUGAUAGUUUAUUAAUUUUUAAUUCUUAAAUAUACUUUAGGGUAAGAUUAAAGAUAUUUACUUUUGAAUUUUGCAUGUUUAAGAUAUAGAGAUGUAAUGUACCUUCACCCAAUAUAAUAACUAUCAUAGCAACGAAGAUAAUAAUCACAACUUAUUACAUCAUUUUGUAGCACAUUAAUUAUGGUAUUGUAAUAACUAAACUUAUUCAGUUGAAUAUAACUGAUACGUUA